CAAUUAUUUCUUCCUCGCUUACGCAUGUGUGACACUUGAUAAAUGAUAGUCAUGCUGUGCUGCUGUUACUGCAGCAUACACUGCAUACAUUUAUAUCAUUUAUACCAUCCUGUGUCAGUAUAGCAAACCUGGCAGCCUAACUUUUAGCUAGUCUUCGCACCUCAUGUGGCCUACUAACCAGGAUGAGAAAAGUGAGUUUAAUACUGCUAACUUGAUGCCUAAGACUCACCUACCAAAUGUUUUUCUUGGAAAAGAAAUCAUCUGCUAUUGAUUGAUUGAGAGUAGAGCAUGAUUGCAUUUGACUUGCUCUAUUAUGAUAGAUUUUAAAACCCAGAAUGGAUCAGAGGAUUAAAUUGAUCUCCUCAUGGUAUCAAGCCAAUGAUGCAGUGCGCGCAUAUAAGUAGCACCGUAUGAGACCUAUCUUGUCACAGACAUAUGCAUUUGUUUCUCGCACUCAUAUAUAGCACCAUGGGUUGGGUGAAAAGAUUUUACCAAGAUUUCAUCCAUAUCAAGCUGCAUAGCUUUUGCCGUAUCAGUAGAUAUGUUGUCGAUUCAAUAGCUUUUGUCUAUCGAUUUGUUGCAUUGCAUGUUCACCCCUUCUGGAUCCAACUGUCCUACUUCCUUGCCAUUGCUAUACUUGGUUCAGUCCUCUUGAUGUCGCUGAAACCAAGCAACCCCGACUUCAGCCCUCCUUACAUUGACAUGUUAUUCUUGUCAACUUCUGCUCUAACAGUUUCUGGCCUCAGCACCAUCACGAUGGAGGACCUCUCAAGCGCUCAAAUUGUGGUCUUGACACUGCUCAUGCUUGUAGGAGGGGAGAUCUUUGUUUCACUCUUAGGGCUCAUGCUUAGAGUGAACCAUCAAGACAUGCCAGAUCUUCCAAGAGUGAAGAUCAGCUCAGUUCCUGUCGAGCUUGAAGAGAUAGACUUGGCCAACAGCAUGGCACUCUCUGAUGAGUCACAGCUUGAAGAAGCAACUCAUGCAAUUACACCCAAGAAAUGUACAGGGUUGAAGAGGAGUAGGUCUGUCAAGUGCUUAGGAUAUGUGGUCUUUGGGUACUUUGCCGUGAUCCAUAUCUUGGGCUUUCUGCUGGUUUUUCUGUAUAUAACUCGUGUGCCAACUGCAAGUGCACCACUCAACAAGAAAGGGAUCAACAUUGUGCUCUUCUCAUUAUCGGUUACCGUCGCCUCCAUUGCAAAUGGAGGACUCGUGCCGACGAAUGAGAACAUGGUCAUCUUCUCAAAGAAUUCAGGCCUCUUGCUGCUGCUCAGUGGUCAGAUUUUGGCAGGCAACUUAUUGUUCCCUCUCUUCCUUAGGUUACUGGUAUGGUUCCUGGGGAGGCUCACAAAGGUGAAGGAGCUGCGGCUCAUGAUCAAGAAUCCAGAGGAAGUGCAUUUUGGUAAUCUGCUUCCUAGGUUGCCGACUGUGUUUCUCUCCUCGACAGCCAUUGGCCUUGUAGCAGCUGGGGUCACAAUGUUCUCCGCUGUUGAUUGGAAUUCUUCCGUGUUUGAUGGCCUCAGCUCUUAUCAGAAGGCUGUCAAUGCAUUCUUCAUGGUGGUGAAUGCAAGGCACUCAGGGGAGAAUUCCAUCGACUGCUCACUCAUGUCACCCGCCAUUAUAGUACUAUUCAUUGUCAUGAUGUAUUUGCCACCAUCAGCAACAUUUGCACCACCUGAUGGAGAUAUUAAAACCACCAAUGAGAACACGAAAGCCAAGAGAGGGUCGUUGGUGCAAAAAUUGGCAUUUUCACCACUCGGGUUUAACAUCAUCUUUGUAAUAGUUGCCUGCAUCACUGAAAGGAGAAGGCUCAGAAAUGAUCCACUCAACUUCUCAACCUUAAACAUGAUAUUCGAGGUCAUCAGCGCAUAUGGCAAUGUAGGGUUAUCCACUGGUUACGGUUGUUCUAGGCUGCAUCAGCUGCACCCAGAGAUCAUCUGCCAGGACAAGCCAUACAGCUUUUCUGGAUGGUGGAGUGACGGAGGGAAGUUUGUGCUAAUCUUGGCCAUGCUCUAUGGAAGGCUUAAGGCCUUCACGAUGACCAUGGGUAAAUCCUGGAAAGUAUGAUACAAGUGACCAAGAUUACUUGGAAAGGCAAAUGUACCAAAUUGGUACAGCUAUCACUAGUGUACUGCCUGAAGAAUCAGGUUUCUAAUUGGGUUAUAGUUUGUGGAUGUUGCGCUUGCAAGGACAAGCUUCAGUUUCCCUGAUCAAAGUCCUCUUUGCAUUUGGCAGUCAUCAUCAACGUUUUGGGUACCGCCCGAGAAAAACGGUUACCGGGCGGUAACCGCGUUUCCCGCCGCCCCACGAGAAAGAUGUAUUCCGAGCAAAAAAUUCCAAAUUUUUUGAACUUCUUGAAUUUAAA